AUGGAUUAUCUCGGAAUAUCUUUAGAAAACAUUUCUUUGGAAGAUGUCAUUGAUGAAGAAACCAACACAUUAGGAAUAUCCCUUGAGGAAAUGGAAACCUCUUUAAAUGCUCAGGAUUUGUCAAAGCAUAUCUUUGAGUUUGAUGAUGAAUUUAUCUUCAGCCUAAAGGAGUCCGAUGAACCAUUGGCUGUUGUUAGUCCAGAGGAACUCACACAGCCACUUCAUACAUCAACACCAAAGAAACCCAUACAUACAAGUAAAACAGGAAAAGGCAGACCAGUUCGGAGGUUAUUAAAGCUUAAGAAAACAGGGGAAGUGCAACGUCUACAGCCAUGUAGGAGAUGAUGUUUUCAUAGCAAUGUAUCCCAGAGCCAGAUCAUCAGGGCUAGAGAAAA